AUGUUAGUUUUUUGCCAAGUUGGAGAUCCGAUUAAAUUAUGGGAUAAAUAUCGAGAUAAUUUCACGGACGAUAUUAAAAGACGAAUGAGUAGGAAUCGCGAAAACUCUGAGUUAGAUGUUGAUAUUGUUUACAAUCAAUGUUUGAUUAAUCUUGAAGAUAUGGUCAUUGCUAUGUCAGGUAAGACUCUUUUACAAUUUGGUCUCACUUCACCAUCUCGAGAACAAGAAUCUGGUAUUAAUAAUCAACAAUAUUUGAAUGAAUUAGCUUAUGACACUGAUAAGUUAACCGAAGAAGUGAUAAAAAGUGUUCCGAUACUGAAUAAAGAACAGAAAGAAGCAUAUGAAUCUAUAUUGAAUAGUGUCGUUUCUGAUUCUGGACGAUUGUUCUUCCUUGAUGCUCCUGGUGGAACGGGAAAAACAUUCUUGAUUAAUUUGUUGCUUGCGAAAAUUAGAAGUGAAAAAAGUAUUGCUAUUGCUGUUGCUUCUUCAGGAAUUGCGGCUACUUUAAUUGACGGAGGCAAAACAGCUCACUCGACAUUUAAAUUACCUCUUGAAAUGAAUCAUUCUGAUAAUAUUCUAUGCAAUAUUUCUAAGCAGAGCUAUAUGGCUCACGUUAUCAGAGAAGCAAAACUGAUAGUAUGGGAUGAAUGCACUAUGGCUCACAAAAAUGCUAUUGAAGCUCUCAACAGAACUCUUAAGGAUAUAAGAAAUAGUGACCGAAUAAUGGGUGGAAUAACUGUUGUUUUAGCUGGUGACUUCAGACAAACUUUACCUGUUGUACCACGAGGUACACGUGCAGAUGAAGUCAAAGCCUGUCUCAAAUCUUCAGUUUUAUGGCCUCAUGUUAACGUACUGUCUUUGAAAAUUAAUAUGCGCGUUCAUAUACAACAUGAUUUGAGAGCAGAAGAAUUUUCGAAGUUACUCAUUGAUAUAGGGAAUGGACAAAUUUCAGAAGUUGACGGACGAAUAAGUAUUCCGGAUAACCUAGGUGAUAUUGUUGAUGAUUUAACUACAUUAACUGAUAAAAUAUACCCAGAUAUCAAUAAAAUUGGAGUUAAUUGCUCUUAA